UACAAACAUUUACUUUAUAUUUAACCAUUUCCAUUUAUAUCCUGCCAAUCACAACUUUCAUUUUCCUUUCAUUCAAGCAAGAAUUUUAAAAAGGUGCAAAAAGAAAUUAUUUCAUUUGGCAAUCACAUAAUAAUGUAAUAUAAUAAUCCUGUUAGGUUGGAGAUCAUGUCUUGAUCAGGCAAUUAGUUCCUUUUUGUUUUUUUCCUGGUAUAUUAAGUAGAAGACAUGUGCAGAAAUGAUGUUAGAGGUAUUUUACAUGUGAAAUUUCCCUUGCAAAACAGCCAACUGACAAGUCAAAUCUAUACAUGUAUUAUAAAUCUGUUCCUCAUUUUAUGUUGACCCAAGCACACACCCUACUGUAUCCUGUCUGACUCUGAAUGUAUUUCACUGACUCGUUAAGCUCGUUAAACAAAUAAUAACUUCAAAUUAAAAAUACAUUUUCUCUAAAUACCAAAAAAAGUUAAAUCUAUGUUAACAUGCACAAUUCUAAAUCAAGAUGAAAAGACAAUGAAAGUGAAGGUUGCAUGUGAAUCUCAGCACACAACCUUCACACCAAUGAAAAAGCAAACUGAUAUGAGCUCAUACAGGGAAGUGAGGAGUGGUUUACAACUCAGCAGCUCCCACAGUAACUGCAAGUAUGGACUUGUAAGUAUGGCUUAUGGUACAUUCAUGCAUCAUGCUUGCCACACCCUGCUUACGCCACCAACAUUUCAAAAGUACAUUUGGAUAAGAGCAUUCACUGACAUCUAUCAGUGGUUAUCUAUCCUCACAGUUGAUUAUCAGGUCGUAACAAAGUCAUUGUAACACUACAUAAUACAUCCAACUACAGAUGAGUCAUGCUCUUAUUUUUUUUUUUUUUUAUUUAAAAUACUCCAAAUGACACUAGUAAGAGCACUGAAAGACAAAAAUAUGCACUAUGCUAUUAAACAAAUAAGAAAAUCUCCUGAUGAAUGCGUUGAUGUUUCAGGAAGAUGAUGAAAAGAACCCUAUGGCUGCAAGGACAAUCUCACACACGCAACAAAAAACUUACUAAAACUUAUCUUACUGAAAUGUGAAAAUUACAGAACACAUCGUAUUGUUCCAUUACUCAAAUGCUUUUUAUUUGCAAAAGCAAAUGAAAGAUAUUUGAAUGGGAGGACUUUGGCCCCAGCGGUGGCUCCUCCCAGUGUUUCGACAGCCUGCUCUGAGGCUCUGCCAUCCAGGCUGCUGUGAGGUUUCUGAUUUACAAUCUAGCAGGAGCAGAGUGACGAUCAGCAUGUGCCUUUGGGACUUCAACAACACAGAGAAGAACGAGACAAGUGGAGACCCACUAAAGUGUUCACAGAGCUAAAGGAAAAAAAGCACGACUCUUCUCUUUUAAUACAUUUCUCUUGUGAGGACGACUGAAAACAUGAAAGCUCCACUUAAAUGACCAUCGCUGCACAUACAGGACAGCUGCCACAGCAGGACACGUAGAUGGAAAGGACUUUGGAUGGUAUAUCAAGGAGCUGCUGUAUACCUACCUUUUUUCAUGACAUAACGAACACUAACUGUGAGUAAAGACAACCUUUUCACUGUGUAAGUGUACACUCUGGUUUAAAGAUGGAUAACAGUACGGACUGCAACAAGAGUGACGACUUCAAGUAUAUACUCUACGCCUCGGUUUUCUCCAUGGUGUUUGUAGUCGGACUUGCCUUCAACGCGGUGGCUGUGUACAUUUUUGGCUGUACGCUGAAGAUACGGAACGAGACCACGACAUAUAUGAUGAACCUCGUGGUUUCGGACUCUCUCUUUGUCCUCAGCCUACCUUUUCGGAUUGUGUACUUCAUCAGACGUGACUGGCUCUUUGGAAGUGCGCUCUGUAAAAUCUCCGUGGCCCUAUUCUACACCAACAUGUACGGCAGCAUCCUCUUCCUCACCUGCAUCAGUGUCGAUCGUUUUCUGGCAAUUGUGUAUCCAUUUCGGUCCCAAACAAUUCGUACGAGGAAAAAUGCCAAGCUGGCUUGCCUUACAGUUUGGGUGAUCAUUCUCUCUGGAGGUAUAACCACUGGGGUCUUUUUGGACACCACUUCACCGAACAAUACUAACUCGGACUCGGUAAACUCAACGCCACAAUUUUGCUUUGAAAACUACUCAAAAAAACAAUGGAAGGCUGAGCUUUCGUGGGUAGUGAUGUUUAUUGAGACUGCGGGCUUCCUUAUCCCACUGAUGUUAAAUGUGUUCUGCUCCGUCAUGGUGCUAAGGACACUGAGGAACCCCAAAACCAUCAGCCGCGGAGGAAACCUCAACAAAGCAAAAAUCCUGAGGAUGGUCUUUGUGCAUUUGCUCAUCUUCUGCUUCUGUUUCAUUCCCUACAAUGUGAAUCUCAUCUUCUACACCUUGGUCCGCUCCAAAAUCCUAAAGGGAUGCUUUGCAGAACAUGUUGUAAGAACCAUCUACCCCAUCGCUCUGUGCAUAGCGGUGACCAACUGCUGCUUUGAUCCAGUUGUCUACUACUUCACUUCAGAGGCCAUUCAAAGCUCCAUUAAACGAAAGUCUUCAGCAUGGAAAAAUGGUGCCAGGCUAUUCGAAAGACUACAGAUGGACAGCUCGCAAAGCAGCCCAAGUUUAACGCCCAAGAGUUUGACGCUGAAGAGUCUGAGACCCAAAAUAUUUGACAAUGAGUCCACGGUGUAAAGACAGCUUGGUAAUGUGAGCUACAAAUUUGACUUAAGCGAGUAUGGCUGACAAAACUUGAUUCAAAUCAGAGGACAUGGGUGAAAACAGAGUGCCUUGGGAAAACAACAUAAACAAAAUGGUUACUAGGGAGUCCAGCUCACCUAUUGGACACAGCAGAGACUUUAGACCGGAAGAUAAUGAUUCAGUCAACAACAGGCACUAACACAAAGCAUUUUAAAAUAGGUGUGUAGGCUUUUGCACAAAAAAGAACUUCUUUCACAGAGAAGACUCUCCUUUAAGAAAAACCCUAAUUUGACAGUGCUGAACCAGUAUUACAACUCGUUACAUCUACUGCCCUGUACGGUUUUCAAGUAUUUGUUUUAUGUGUAUUGAGGUUUUUAAGAAGUUUUUAGAGAAUCAUGUUCUAUAAAAGCUUUGAUUCCCAUUCGGAAAGUGAAUUAAAUAUUUUUUUUAACAUUUUGACGUGUUGUGUAUGGAAUUCAAUACUUGUUUGAUCAAGCAGUAGGUUGUGAAAUACUUGGUACUAUCUUGGAAGAAUUUUUUUUCCAUUUCACAGUUCCCAGCUAAAUAAGUCAUCUAGACUGGUUAGUCAUAUGUGUACUAACAAUCCAGAUGCAAAUUUCUGGUUGGCGCCUGAGUGCACAAUACAUUUAUAAAGUAAUUGUUUCAUUACAUGUGUUGGUAAUAAAUUAAAAGUGUUCCAACAAAACUGAUGGUCUUUAGAAAAACAAAAGUGGGUCAAAAUGUCAUCAUUUCUGCAUAUACAACAACACUGGAACCGUAAAAAACUCAACCCACACACAAUAUAGAUUUUCCAAGUUCCUAAAAUUUGUUGGAAAUCCUGAAAAACUAAUUUAGACCGGAUCCAGGCUCACACUGUGUGAAAACAUAAGUCUCAUAGCAACAAUGUGUAUAUUUCUGUGUAUAUUUCUGAAAGCUGUGUGAUGCAAGACUGAACGCUGCUGCAUACCUGUCGACAGCCUCAGGGUCUGUACUGACACGGUUAGACUCAUCACCUCACCAGCAAUGAUGUGAAAGGGCUGUAAAAGUAAAGCAGGCAAGAAACAACUUGCCUCUUGAGGGAAAAAGGGUAAUAAAAACAGCCUAGAGGGGGUUUUUGUAGAGUAGUAUUUGGUCAGAUCAUUGUAUGCUGAUCGACUUCCCAAAAAGAUAAACCAAUUUUAUACAAACCAUAAGAAAAGUUCUGCACAUUACAGCACAAGAACAUAUUACAAAUACAAAUAAUAAAACUUUGUAUGCACUCACAGGGAUUUUUAAUUUUUAUGUGUUCAAGGACUGACACGCAAGUUGCACUGCUGCUUACAGCCCCUUGUUUCAGUGAGUUAUUGCUUUUACUUUAUGAGCUACAGUUUAUGAUUAACUCUAAUCACUCACGUAUGUUCCUAACAAGGUGUUGUACAGACUGAUCCUACCAGAACGCCUGCAAAAAAAACGAAAGUUAAACUGACAAAUUUCAGGUCAAUGAAAAAAUUUUUAAGUUGACAUUCUGACAACCUGUAGGCUAAACUAGAGAUUAGAACUCUUGUAACCCUCUAAAAAAGGUAAUUAAAAGUAAUCAGUCAGCUAUAAAUUAGAGGGUAUGUGAGCAGAAAAGGGUGGGAGCAGAAGAACAUGACAGAGGGCUAGAGAGAGAGAGAGAGAGACCCUGACCUGUCAGUGUCUAGGUGUGAACUGCUUCAGUCAGCGGCAGAUUCCCAACUGCAGCAUCCUGACAAGCUAGCCACGGCUAAACACCAGCUGACCUGGAAAAAUACCUUUAAUCACACUGACAAUGCUCCCAUCCUGCUACUGAUGUUCCAUCACAUAUGCUCUCUUCAACCGAUCUAACCCUCCUCCAGAUAUAAGACCAUAACAAUUUGACGUGCUGGAAGUGGUCAAAUCAUUUUGAGACAUGGAGCAGUGGAAUAUGACUGAUUUGACAGCCAACCCAGUCUCACUUUUGUCUAACUGUACUGUGGAUAUAAGCUACCGCUUCACCUUCUACAAAGUGUCCUACAGCGUCAUCUUCCUGCUGGGGGUGGCCACCAACAGUCUGGUUCUGCGCAGACUGUGUCUGUCUCCCUGUACCAUGAACAGCACGGCCAUUUACAUGGCCAGUCUAUCGACGACUGACUUGUUUUUUGUCAUCUCUCUACCUCUGAGAAUCUACUACUACCACCAAAAGGCUCAAGCCUUGUCCUCCAAGACAGAGGACACCUCCAGUUGGACUCUUGGGCCAGCUUACUGCCAGAUCACAUUCACUCUGAAAUACAUCAGCCUGUAUGGGGGCAUCUUCUUCCUGGUGUGCAUUGCUGUGGACCGUUACUUUGCUGUAGUGCACCCCCUGGCAUCGACACUGCGCAGGUUGCGUGCCGCACGGGUGGUGAGCGGAGGGAUCUGGUGCCUGGUUCUGGGGCUCAGUGUGAGUCUGCCUGCGCUGCGGUUAGCGGCUUCUCACCAGAACAAGGCCUGUCUGCUGGAUCCGUCCUCACGACGCCAUCGCACCCUUAUCCUGCUAUUCCUGGGCAUAGCCCUGGGGUCAUUUCUGCUGCCCACUCUUCUACUCCUCUACAGCUACUGCCGGGUGCUGAGUGUCCUUAGCAAGCUGAGACACCGCUGCCGCAGAAACCGCCACAGCCAUCUGCACACUCUAAGGGUUAUUUACUCAGUGCUGGGUGUGUUUCUCCUGUGCUUUCUCCCCUAUCACAUCAACCUGCUGGGAUAUACGCUCACACACGUGAAGCUGUUGCCACAUUGUGGCCUGGCCAAAGCAACCAAGGCUAUGCAUCCUGUGGUCCUUUCCUUAGCCAGUUUCAACUGCUGCCUCAACCCACUCAUCUACUAUUUCUCCAGUAGCCCGGUGCACAGGGAGGUGCACGGUAGUGGAGGCAGUGGUAGCCGGUGACACAAGUACUGUAAGACCUCUUUAUUAACAAAAGCAUUAGAUUGCUCUACUGUACUUUUGUCAAUUUGCAAGAAGUAUCCUGUUACCUAUACUUUUAUUUUCUUCCAUUAUAGUGAAACCGUAAACACCUUUGUGUAUGUUAAAAAUGUAAUCUGUUGGUAUUUUUAGUUUUUGUGUGUGUGUGCCCCACAUGUGGAGCAGUCAGAGGAUCAGUGCCAUGUAAAGAAGCACUGUGAAAUUAUUAAUUAAUAUUUUUGGCAAAGCAGCUUCAUAUGUUUGUGAAAUGCUGACAUGGAAUGAGAUCAGUAGUGAAUGCAGGAUUUAUGUAGAAUCUCCUUUUAUUAUUCUUAUUGUUAUAAUUAUUAUUAUUUAAGUGACUCUUAAACAGUGACAACAAUCUGCUUCUUUUGGGCCAAUAAAUCAUAAAUGAUUAAUAUC